AUGGCAUCGCCCAUUCCCGUCGCCAUCGUCCUGUUCGAGGGAAUCGAUGUAUUGGACUUCAACGGCCCGCUGGAGAUUCUUUCCAAUGCUUCCUACACUGGCGCCGACGCGAUCAAUCCCGACCUGGCGUUUGAUGUGAAGCUUGUCGCUGCGUCUGAGGUCGUCCACUCCAGGAGAAACCACAGAUACAUUCGUGAUUAUUCUUUCGAAGAAGCAACCAGCAGACUGGACGAAUUUCGCAUCCUGGUCGUGCCUGGGGGCUCGCCGAGCAUCCUGCUGCCCCUCCUCAGGGCUGCUUCUCCGGAGCUGGAAUUUGUCAAGCGUUUCCUCAACCACCCUAACUCGACGUCCCCUGCUCGUACCAUCUUCUCGGUCUGCACGGGUGCCCUCUUCCUGGCCGCAGCCGGUGCUCUCGCCGACAUGACUGCAACGACUCACCAUACCUGUUUCGACAUGCUCCGAGAAAUGGGAGAGGACCCCGCCUGUGGAAAGAUCAACGUCGUCAAGGCGCGCUACGUGGAUGGCGGUCGCUGCAAGACCGGAGUGAGGGUUCUCACUGCUGGAGGAGUUUCAUCCGGGCUGGACGCGGCUUGCUAUCUGGUAUCGACAGAAGUCUCGCAAGAAGCCGCUGAUAGAAUUGCCGCUGUGGUUGAGUAUGACUGGAGGCGAGAACCAGAACAGAUGGUUAUUUGA